UUGUAAAUUCCUAUUAUUUGGCUUUUAUUCGCUAGAUGGUUUCGUACUGUUGCCUUUGUGGAAAAAUAAAUGUCUCUCUCUGUCAAUGUUGCGAGAGUCCUGAGGCUUCGCGGUUCCACUUGUUAAGACACGUAGAUGCCACGAAUAGGUGGAACUUCGCGGUAGUUUUUACAAGUGUGCGUUCUGAAAAGUGUACUGACGUGUAGUGACGCGAAGUUGUUGUAUCCUGUGCGACGUGCGAAGCAAACGUAAAAUUACACUAUGGCGGAAGACAUGAGCAGUGGUUCAAGCGACUCGUCACCACAAGUCGAAAGAGGAUGGCUUGCCUUGAAACAACAUAUAACGGAAAACAAAAUUAAAUUCGGUUUAUGGGUCACAAGACUUUUCACCAUCAUAUUCACACUUGGUUACGUAAUUCCUAUAUUUGGCAAUCCUUACAACAUAUACUAUAAGGCAUUAAUGAAUAAUGCAGCUACCAGUGCUUUACGUCUUCACCAAAGGGUACCUCGUGUUCAACUCACUAGGCAAUUUUUAGAGACAUUAUUAUUGGAAGAUUCGUGCCACUACUUGUUUUACUCGUUCAUUUUUUUCUAUGGGGCGCCAGUUACACUGGUGCUCACACCAGUUUUCUUGUUUGCUAUUAUGCACUUCGCCAGUUACUCUCUCACGUUGCUAGAUUGUUUAGGUCACAAUAGUUGGUGGGGUGCCCGACUGUUAAUAUCUCUGGUGGAAUUUCAAUCGCGAAACAUCCUUCGGCUUAUUGCUUUAUCUGAGAUUAUUAUCUUGCCGUUCACGGCUGUUCUGGUAUUCACAGGACGCGUCGGUUUGCUGACGCCGUUCAUCUAUUUUCAGUUCUUGAAACUGCGUCUCGCGUCGCAAAGGAAUCCAUUUACACGCAAUGUAUUCUACGAGCUCAGAAACGGAUUGAGCUCGGUUUCGAAGAAACAAGGAGUACCGGAUAUUGUUCGAAGAAUGAUCGAAGUUCUGCUCACUCUCACCCAACAAAUGGCACCCAUGCGCCAAUAAUAUAUUCACGAUAAUUAAGUUUAAGUUCUUUCUCAUUUUUUCUUAAGACAGAUCUCCUAGGGUUCUAGGGUCCACACAGUGACACUUUCAUAAAUUCGUAUUAGCGCAAAAGAUGUGAGUGCCGAUGUCAAAAUUUAUUAUUAAAUACGCAAUAAGUUUUUUGAAUAUCUGUGACAAGAAGGUAUCAAAGUGUAUGUGGAUGGUGUUUCUUAUAUUACUAAUUAUAUAUACUCAUUUGUAUGGCAAAAAUCUGCAGCGAAACUCGUAAUCUUGCAUUCGAUCGCAAUUCACAAAAGGUUUAAAAGAUUUUUUACAAGUCGUUUAGGAUAUUUGGUUGUCUAUUUUUCAGAAUACUUCGAGUCUCGUUAGAUUUAAGAAAAAAAAAAAAAAAAAAAAA